AUGACACAACCGUGGAAACGUAAUGAAAUUCUAUUUAGAUUACCUACUAAUAUUGUAUUUCAAUGUAUCUGUCUAUUUUUAGAUGAAAUAUUUGGCUGUUUCGACGAUAUCCCAACAUGUUUACUUGGUUGGUGCUGUUCUUGUUAUUUAUUUGGUCAAAAUGCGGAAAAAAUUGAUGGAUCAAGCAAAAUCGGCAUGUGUGUGGGUUACUUUUGUUUAUCAGGCUGUUAUCUGUGUUGUUUACUUCAUAAGCCACGACGACAAGCCCUACGUUAUGCAUAUAGUCUCGAAGAAAGUCCUAGUGAUUUGCUUGCUACAUGUUGUUGUAGUGCUUGUGCUAAUUGUCAAGAAGCAAGAGAAAUGAAUGAACGAGGAAUACAAUCUGGUAAUCGUAUUCCAGUAACUUCUCAACCUCGUUAA